AUGGCAUUGCUUUUGAGUGUUGCCUGCGUGUGUGUGGCGUCUGAAGAGACUAAAGAGGCAGAAAGUCUUCGUCAUCCCGAUCCCUUAACACAAACACCACUUAAACCUCUUCCUGGGAAUGAUGGUUGCCCUGAAGGCAACACUGGUCCACAGUGCAAUAUUAACCCUGAGCGACCUGAAACUGCUACUUCUGCGUGUGCGCAACCUGCAGGGACAGACAGUUGUGUAAACAAAGAUCGUGAGACUCAAGAGCAUUGCACUCCUAGUUCUAAAUCUUCUUGUUCACCAAAGGAACCAGCUGGUGAAAGAGCUGAACAGGCUCCUGCUGGUGUUGCCGGUGAAUUAGGUGAAGCUGGCCCUAGGCAGGGUUCUGGUACUCAUACUGGUGAUGAUCCUGGGUCUUCUUCUGCUCUUCCUAAUGUAUCUCCUCCAUCUCAAUCUACUACUCUGGAGAGUGGGGAUGCAUCUCAAAGUGGCCCACAAGAUGAACAAAGCGGCGGCAAUACAACAGAAGAGAGUGGAGCUAACCUGUGA